CGCGAGACCGCUACCGGUCGUCGGAGGCGCCACGCCGCGGGGCCUAUUGGGAAAUGCAGUUUUGAGUCGUGAGGGCGGGCCUAGGCUUCCCGGCGGGCUACGCGGCUGGGCGGUUGUCGCGGGCAGCGGCGGCGGUUCCGGCUGCGGUGCUGCGGGCAGACGAGCUGUGUAGGUGAGCAGGCCGGGAGGGAUGAGGAGCCGCCGCCGUGCCCCCAGCGUCUGAGAAAGCGCUGCCGGAUCAGGCCGGACCGCCAACUGGGUGCCGCCGUCCGAGACUACAUCUCGUACUGAACGUGGGCCGAACCUAGUGCCGACCCCGGCCGCAGUCCGGGUCCUGGCGGCCCGCCCCACCCCCGCGCGGGCCGUGCCGCUGCUCCGGCGCUCAUGCGGGCCGAGCCCCGCCCCCCGGCCUGAGCCCGCGCUCACUGCCCACCCGCAACAUGCUCAAGUGCAUCCCGCUCUGGCGUUGCAACCGGCACGUGGAGUCGGUGGAUAAGAGGCACUGCUCGCUGCAGGCUGUGCCGGAGGAGAUCUACCGCUACAGUCGCAGCCUCGAGGAACUCUUGCUCGACGCCAACCAGCUGCGCGAGCUACCUAAGCCCUUCUUCCGGCUAUUAAACUUGCGAAAGCUGGGCCUCAGUGACAACGAGAUCCAGCGGCUGCCUCCUGAAGUGGCUAACUUCAUGCAGCUGGUGGAGCUGGAUGUGUCCCGGAAUGACAUUCCUGAGAUACCCGAGAGCAUAAAGUUCUGUAAGGCUCUGGAGAUUGCAGACUUCAGUGGGAACCCCCUGUCCAGGCUUCCAGAUGGCUUCACACAGCUACGAAGCCUAGCUCACCUGGCCCUGAACGAUGUGUCCCUGCAGGCACUGCCUGGAGAUGUGGGCAACCUGGCCAACUUGGUAACCCUGGAACUCCGGGAGAAUCUGCUUAAAUCUCUCCCUGCGUCCCUGUCUUUUCUGGUCAAGCUAGAACAGCUGGAUCUAGGAGGCAAUGAUCUGGAAGUGCUGCCUGACACUCUGGGGGCUCUGCCUAACCUUCGAGAGUUGUGGCUAGACCGAAACCAAUUGUCAGCACUGCCCCCGGAGCUAGGGAAUCUUCGGCGGCUGGUAUGCCUGGAUGUGUCAGAGAACCGGCUAGAGGAGCUACCUGUGGAGCUGGGUGGGCUGGCACUGCUCACAGAUCUGCUGCUUUCCCAGAACUUGCUUCAGCGGCUGCCAGAGGGCAUCGGUCAGCUGAAGCAGCUGUCUAUACUGAAGGUGGACCAGAACCGGCUGUACGAGGUGACCGAAGCCAUUGGGGAUUGUGAGAACCUCUCUGAGCUGAUACUCACAGAGAACCUAUUAACGGCCUUACCCCGCUCUCUGGGCAAGCUGACCAAACUGACUAACCUUAAUGUGGACCGGAAUCAUCUUGAGGUGCUGCCACCUGAAAUUGGAGGCUGUGUAGCCCUCAGUGUCCUUUCCUUGAGAGACAAUCGCCUGGCUGUCCUUCCCCCUGAACUUGCCCAUACAGCUGAGCUGCAUGUGCUUGAUGUAGCUGGGAACCGGCUGCGGAGUCUGCCGUUUGCGCUCACUCACCUCAACCUCAAGGCAUUGUGGCUGGCUGAGAACCAGGCACAACCCAUGCUCCGCUUCCAAACUGAGGAUGAUGCCCAGACUGGUGAAAAGGUGCUUACCUGCUACUUGCUGCCCCAGCAGCCCUUGCCAAGCCUCGAAGACCCUGGACAGCAGAGCAGUCCCUCAGAGAGCUGUAGUGAUGCCCCUCUGAGCCGUGUCAGUGUCAUCCAGUUCAUGGAGACGCUUGAAGGUGACGAGGAAGCUGAGGAAGCUGCAGCUGAGAAGCGGGGCCUACAGCGUAGGGCUACACCUCACCCAAGUGAGCUCAAGGUGAUGAAGAGGGGCAUUGAAGAGCGCCGAAAUGAGGCCUUCAUCUGCAAGCCUGAUUCCGGCCCACCCUCACCUUCAGAGGAGGAGAAGAGGCUGAGUACAGAGUCUGGCCUGAGUGGAGGCUCUGCCCCAGCAGCAAGCACAGCCUCAGAAGGUGAGCCUGAGACCCUGCUGGCUAAGGGACACGGGCUAAGCCAGCAAGAGGUCUUACCUGGACAGGAAGAAGACACAGAAGAGGACUAUGAGGAGCCCACAGUGCACUUCGCAGAGGACACACUGAUGCCCAGGGAAAAUGGUGAAAAUGAAGAGGGGCAGCCUGAGGCUCCCUGGCCUCUGCCUGGUGGCCGGCAGAGGCUCAUCCGCAAAGACACACCCCACUAUAAGAAACACUUCAAGAUUUCCAAGCUCCCACAACCCGAAGCUGUUGUGGCCCUGCUGCAGGGGGUGCAGACAGACAGGGAGAGCCCCACAGGAGGUUGGCACAAUGGCCCCCAUACACCCUGGGCUCCUCGAACCCAGGAAGAGGGAGAGGAGGAAGAGAGGGUUGAAGAAGAAGAAGGUGAAGCCACCAUGGAAGAAGACAAAGAAGAAGCUGUGGCUUCUGCUCCCUCUGUCAAGGGGGUGUCGUUUGACCAGGCCAAUAACCUGCUGAUAGAGCCUGCUCGCAUUGAGGAGGAAGAGUUGACACUCACCAUCGUGCGACAGACAGGGGGCCUGGGCAUCAGUAUCGCAGGGGGCAAAGGCUCCACCCCCUACAAAGGAGAUGAUGAGGGUAUUUUCAUCUCUCGAGUGUCUGAGGAGGGCCCUGCGGCCCGUGCUGGAGUCCGAGUGGGUGACAAACUCCUUGAGGUGAAUGGUGUGGCCUUACAGGAUGCAGAGCACCAUGAGGCUGUGGAAGCACUUCGGGGGGCAGGUGCUGCUGUGCAGAUGCGAGUAUGGAGGGAAAGAAUGGUGGAACCUGAAAAUGCAGUCACCAUCACCCCCCUACGCCCUGGGGAUGACUAUAGUCCCCGGGAGUGGCGGGGUGGUGGCCUGCGCCUGCCCCUGCUUCAGCCUGAGACUCCUGUGCCCCACCGCCAACGCCAUGCUGCCUGUCUUGUGCGCAGUGAAAAGGGGCUGGGCUUCAGCAUUGCUGGAGGGAAAGGCUCCACACCUUACCGGCCUGGUGAUGGGGGCAUCUUCAUAUCCCGCAUUGCAGAAGGAGGGGCUGCCCACCGGGCAGGCACUCUACAAGUUGGCGAUCGUGUCCUUUCGAUCAAUGGAGUGGACAUGACUGAGGCAAGGCACGACCAUGCUGUCUCCCUACUGACUGCUGCUUCCCCUACCAUCUCCCUGCUUCUGGAGAGGGAGACUGGAGGGACUUACCCACCUAGCCCCCCACCACGUUCCUCCCCAACCCCUACUGCUACUGUUGCUGCUACCAUGACCACUGCCAUGCCUGGGGAACCUAUGUUAUCUAGGCUGUCCCCUAGCCUGUUGGCCACUGCCUUGGAAGGACCAUACCCUGUGGAGGAAAUCUGCCUGCCCAGGGCUGGUGGUCCACUGGGGCUCAGCAUCGUAGGAGGUUCUGAUCACUCCAGCCACCCAUUUGGUAUCCAGGAUCCUGGUGUAUUCAUCUCCAAGGUGCUUCCUCGGGGCCUAGCUGCUCGCUGUGGCCUUCGGGUUGGGGACCGCAUCCUGGCAGUGAAUGGGCAGGAUGUUCGGGAGGCCACACAUCAAGAGGCAGUCAGUGCCCUUCUCAGGCCCUGCCUGGAGCUGUGUGUGCUUGUGCGGAGGGACCCACCACCCCCAGGCAUGCGGGAACUAUGCAUUCAGAAGGCUCCUGGUGAGAGGCUGGGCAUCAGCAUCCGAGGAGGCGCCAAAGGCCAUGCGGGAAACCCCUGUGACCCCACAGAUGAGGGCAUCUUCAUCUCCAAGGUGAGCCCUACAGGGGCUGCUGGACGUGAUGGAAGGCUGCGUGUGGGGCUACGGAUGCUGGAAGUGAACCAGCAGAGCCUGCUGGGCCUUACACAUGCUGAGGCUGUUCAGCUGCUGCGCAGUGUGGGCGACACCCUCACCGUGCUUGUCUGUGAUGGCUUCGAUACCAGCACCACCACAGCCCUGGAGGUGUCUCCAGGUGUCAUUGCCAACCCAUUUGCAGCAGGCCUUGGCCACCGGAACAGCCUGGAAAGCAUUUCAUCCAUUGAUCGGGAACUGAGUCCCGAAGGCCCAGGCAAGGAGAAAGAGUUGACCAGUCAAACUCUACCAUGGGAGCCUGAGUCUACAGAGACUCUGGGUCGGAAUCUGGAGCCCCUGAAGCUGGACUACCGUGUCUUGGCUGCUGUGCCCAGUUCUGGGAGUUUGCAAAGAGGACCAUCUGUGACCACUGGAGAGAAGAUGACUGAGGCCCCCUGUUCCCCUGGCAGCCAGCAACUGUCCUCCCCUGAUGAACUGCCAGCCAAUGUGAAGCAGGCCUAUAGGGCCUUUGCAGCGGUGCCCACUGUGCAUCCUCCUGAGGACAGUGCUUCCCAGCCUCCGACACCUGGUCCUGCAGCCUCCCCAGAGCAACUGUCCUUCCGGGAACGGCAAAAGUACUUUGAGCUGGAGGUCCGGGUGCCUCAGGCAGAGGGUCCCCCCAAGCGUGUGUCCCUGGUAGGUGCUGAUGACUUGCGGAAGAUGCAAGAGGAGGAAGCCCGCAAGCUGCACCAGAAGAGGACACAGAUGCUUCGGGAAGAGGCAGUAACCUCAGGGCCUGACAUGGGGCUCACCUUGGACAGGGAGUCCCCAGAUGAUCAGGCAGAAGCUGAGCAGCUCUGGGCUGGGCCAGGCCACGCAGGAGGCUCCAGCCCAUCUUCACCCCCACCCCUGGGAGGCAGUGCCCCUGUGAGGACAGCCAAAGCUGAGCGACGCCAUCAGGAGCGUUUGCGCAUGCAGAGCCCUGAGCUUCCUACCCCAGAGCGAGCCCUGUCUCCUGCAGAACGUAGGGCUCUAGAGGCAGAGAAGCGAGCACUGUGGCGGGCAGCCAGAAUGAAGUCUUUAGAGCAGGAUGCCCUCCGUGCACAGAUGGUCCUCAGCAAGUCCCAGGAUGGCCGUGGCAAGCGAGGACCCCUAGAGCGGCUGGCUGAGGCGCCUUCACCUGCACCCACACCAUCACCCACACCAUUAGAAGACUUGAGCCUCCAGACCAGUCCCUCCCCUGGACGCUUGCCCCUGUCUGGAAAGAAGUUUGACUACAGGGCCUUCGCAGCCCUGCCUUCUUCCAGACCUGUCUAUGACAUCCAGUCACCAGAUUUUGUGGAAGAGCUUAGGACUUUGGAACCAUCUCCCAGUCCUGGCCCACAGGAAGAAGAUGGUGAAGUGGCUCUGGUGCUUCUUGGCAGGCCCUCACCUGGCACUGUGGGCCCUGAAGACAUGACGCUGUGCAGUAGCCGUCGGGCCAUGCGGCCAGGACGCCGGGGUCUGGGCCCUGUGCCCUCCUAGGGCCAGGUUCCUCCCCAAACUUAGGGCGGGAGCCUGCCAGCUUCAUCACUUCCCUUACCCAAAGUCUUUUAGCCUUGGUGUUAGCAUUUUAAGAGACCCCCUCAGGAGUUAUGGCUUCUGACUAACUUCCCCCCUUAGCCGGGAUCUCGUGGCGAGACUGUAACUAGUGAUGUUUGUACAACCAAAGACUCUAUUUUGUGGUUUAAGGAGAAUAAAGUUAACUACAUUUUA